AGAACAGCCAAAAUCAAGAUGUAUGAGACAAAGCCCUCCACGAUGACUGGAGAGGAGACAUCGAAUGAAUAUGUGGAUUUCGACACCUCUGAUGAGAUAGAAACGAAGAGUGGUAUUGUGGCUGGUGAUACGGAUAGUGAAGUGAUAAGGAGGCUGACGUCAAUAGAAACAAAACUAGCCGUGAUGGAAGAGAGAUUGAGCAGCGUAGAGCAUAUAGAAGAGAUGCUUUCUGAAAUUCUGCGUCGACUUCCUGCGACGGAUACGGGUGAAAUUAGCUACACCCACACAAGUCCUGAAUUUGUGGCACAGCUGAGGACAUUGAAAGGUUCUAACGUCACACAGUUUGCGUUAGAUCUAGAAGCAGAAAUUUAUAAGGACGAUGCUACGGAGUUGGACUUGCCUUUAGAGAGACGUUUGAAAACGAAGGAUAAAGUGAUAUUCUUGAGACAGUGUGUCAACGAGUACUAUUCGGUCCCUCAACAUCUUAAGGAAGCAACAUGGAAGCGGGUGCGUGAAGCUUUGGAUAGCAGAGUGCGAAGACUUCGCAAGAGAGUCCGAGAUGUACAAGGCAACCCUUCUUCACAACCAAACCUCGAUGGACUCAACUUUUAGUUGCAAUGUUACGGUCAUUUCCUAGAAGUGUCAUGGACGUUUGAAAAUUAUUUGUGUACAUGAUAGGGUUGCUGAGAAUGAAGUUUUCUCAUA